AUGCAGCCUGUCGCAGCGCAGCCGAGGACGGUGAUUCCCCCUGUUAGGCCUGUGACGAUGGAGGAUUUCAUGCCCCACAAGCCGGCGAAGUUUACUGGCAAAGCCACCCCGGAUGAGGCGGAUGCGUGGCUACGUGAAUGUGAGAAAAUCUUCGGGAUGCAGACCCGCGAGGAAGAGGUGAACUUGGUUAACUUCAGAAAGAGGUUUCUGGAGAAGUAUUUCCCCGACAGCACUAGGCAUGAGCGUGAAGCUGAGUUCCUUACCCUGCAGCAAGGGUCAAUGUCAGUGCAGGCGUAUGUGGAUCGAUUUGAUUACUUGGCGAGGUUUUACUCCCAGGCGGUGACGGAGGAGUGGCAUUGCAGGAAAUUUGAAGGUGGCUUAAAGCAUGAGCUGAGGCGUUUCAUUGUACCACUGAGGAAGUUGCGGUGCUAUAAUUGUGGAGAGGAGCACUUGAGGAGAGAUUGUACACAGCCUGCGGGUAGUGCGGGGAACAAUGCUAGCACUCGCAAGUGCUAUGCGUGUGAUCAGCCAGGGCAAUUUGCUAAUAGAUGUCCUAAUAAGAAGACUACCACGGGAGCACGACCUCCACCAUCUUCGUCAGACAGGCCUGGAGCAGCAGGCCGAGUCUUUGCUUUGACCAACACAGAGGCCACUCAAUUAGGUAGUCUUAUACUCGACUUCUGCUUAUUGUUGGGUAACCGGGUGUUAGUGUUGUUUGAUUCAGGAGCUUCGCACUCCUUUAUAUCUCAUGACUGCGUGAAGAAUCUUGGAUUGUCGACUCGUGAUCUGGGAUGCGAGUUAAUAGUCUCAACACCAGCAUCUGGACAGGUUUCAACUAAUUCUGCCUGUGUUGGAUGCUCGAUGGAGAUAGAGGGCAGGCGAUUCAAGGUGAACCUAGUAUGCUUGCCUUUGGAGGGACUGGACGUGAUACUGGGGAUGGACUGGUUGUCAAGUAAUCAUAUUGUUAUUGAUUGCGGACGACACAGAGUGGUGUUCCCAGAAUCGGAAGGGUUAGAGUUGAUUUCAACCCACAGAGCUUUAAAGGAGAUUGAAGAAGGAGCUACUUUCUAUAUGAUAGUGGCUGAGGGAGAAAAGAAAAGCUUAGAGGAAAAGAUCAGGAGUAUACCAGUAGUUAACGAGUAUGCUGAUGUUUUUCCCGAUGAAAUACCCGAAUUGCCACCUAGCAGGGACAUAGAUUUCUCUAUUGAUCUAAUCCCUGGGGCGGGUCCAAUGUCGGCGGCUCCGUAUAGAAUAGCACCCGCAGAGUUGGUAGAACUGAAAAAGCAGAUUGAGGAUCUGCUAGAGAAGAAGUUUAUCAGACCUAGUGCAUCGUCGUGGGGAGCCCCUGUGUUACUAGUGAAAAAGAAGGAUGAGAGUUCUCGGUUAUGUGUAGACUAUCAGCAGUUGAAUAAACUGACGAUAAAGAACAAGUACCCACUUCCGAAGAACGACGAAUUGCUUGAUCAAUUAAGAGGGGCAGCUGUGUUUUCCAAAAUUGACUUGAGGUCUGGAUACCAUCAGAUCUUGGUUAAACCGGAAGAUGUUUAG